GCGAUGCAGGUCGCGUGAAAGCAUCAUCAAAACAGCAGCUCAUAGCGAGCGAUCACAGAGCCCCUCAAACACACACACACACACAAACAGACACACACACAUACACACACGCACACGCACACACACACACACACACACACACACACACACACACACACACACACACACACACACACACACUGGCUUCUGUCAGGUCAGCUGUAAAUAAAGUAAGUGUUGCAGCGUGGCACGCGACUGCCGUCAUGAUCCACGACGCCGGCUUGCUGGCGCGCGACGUUUCUAUUUACAAAACGCAUCCGACCACGUUUUGACGGCGUCAGCGGAAUCGUCAUCACCAGCAAGGCGCACAAAGGAGUCGACGCCUUCCUCUACGGUAGUGUGUCCCCGCGGUGUUUCGUUUCCUCGGGGGUUGAUCAGACGUCUCGCCGGGUUUCCCAUCCCUAGACCGAUGAUCACAAUGGAAACCCUGGCCAACCACCACCAGUCGCGACGCCGCUCCAGCGCCGCCUCCACUGUGUCCGAGGCUGGAUCCACCGGUCCCGAGUUAACGCAGACCUGGACGGAUCUAGACCACCCUCUACCUGUCGACUACCCCGGGCUGGACGACUGCUCAUCCGCCACCCUAGAAGAGGGGGGGCGGUGGUCCAGCGUCGGCGGCAGCGGCGUGAAGAAACACAACCACAAGCAUAACCUGAAGCACCGCUACGAGCUGCUGGAAACCCUGGGAAGAGGCACCUACGGCAAGGUGAAGAAGGCGAUAGAGAGGCACACCGGACGAGUGGUGGCCAUUAAGUCCAUCAGGAAGGAGAAGAUCAAGGAUGAGCAGGACAUGGUCCACAUCCGACGGGAGAUUGAGAUCAUGUCGGCCCUCCGUCACCCCCACAUCAUCUCCAUCUACGAAGUGUUCGAGAACAAGGACAAGAUCGUCAUCGUGAUGGAGUACGCCAGUAAGGGCGAGCUCUACGACUACAUCAGCGAGAGGCGUCGCCUGGGCGACCGCGAGACGCGACACUUCUUCCGGCAGAUCGUCUCGGCCGUCCAUCACUGUCACAAGAACGGCGUUGUACACAGAGAUCUGAAACUGGAGAACGUGCUUCUGGAUGAGAACUGUAACAUUAAGAUCGCAGACUUCGGCCUUUCCAACCUGUACCACAAGGACAAGUUCCUCCAGACCUUCUGCGGAAGCCCUCUCUACGCAUCCCCCGAGAUCGUCAACGGACGGCCCUACCACGGCCCGGAGGUGGACAGCUGGGCCCUGGGAGUGCUCCUCUACACACUGGUCUAUGGAACCAUGCCUUUUGACGGGGGGGACCACAUCAAACUCAUCAAGCAGAUCAGCAAUGGGGACUACAAGGAACCAACCCAGUCGUCAGACGCCCGCGGGCUGAUCCGCUGGAUGCUGAUGGUGAACCCCGAGCGGCGCGCCACGGUGGAGGACAUCGCCAACCACUGGUGGGUCAACUGGGGCUGGAAGAGCAGCGUGUGCGACUGCCAGGGCCCUCCCAGCCAGGGGUCCCCGAUGCUAGCCCGCUUCAUCGACUGGCAGAGCCGCGCGUCGGGCGCCGCCGCCGCCGCCGGGCCGGAGCCCGCGCCGUCCCCCGGCUCCUCCUACGUCGGCCGCAGACUCAAGAAGCCGACCAGGCCGGAGGCCGAGUGCGGGCCGCGCCACCCCACCCCCGCGGGGGAGGACAAGCAGGCGCUGAAGAGGCCCAAGAGCAUCCUGAAGACCCGGGCGUCGGACCACCGCUCCCAGAGCCUGGGGGAGCUGGAGCUGAGGCGAACCCUGCACUUCACCGACGGGGACGCCCGCUUCCGGGGGGGCGAGGUCGGGAUGGAGGACGAGGACGACGAGGACGACGAAGACGAGGACGACGAGGAGGAGGACGAAGAUCACGGCUGUCUGGGCGGCUCCCCGGCGAAGAUGGUGCCCACGCUGCCGAAGAAGGGCAUCCUGAAGAACAGCCAGCAGAACCACCUGCUGCUACAGCAGCAGCAGCAGCAGAGAGAGUCCGGCUACUACUCCUCCAGCGAGCGCAGCGACUCCUCCGAGCCACAGGGGGGCGCCGCCCCCACCGUGGCCAUGACGCCGGCCGCCAGCUCCCCGUCCAAGAGGGGCGCGGGGAGGAAGGGCAUCCUGAAGCGCAACGGCAAGUUCUCGUCCAACACCCACCACCGGGACGGCAAGACCUGCUCCACGGCGUUCCGCUCCGACUCCGCCGGCAGCCGGGCCGGUGGCGAGGCGGGGCUGUCCCGCAGCCAGAGCCGGCCCUCCGGCUUCAUCUCCGAGGACACGCCGAGCCUCCCGGGGGCGUCCUCCUUCGGCGGGCUGGACUGGCCCCCCGGGUCCCCCCGGCCCGGCAGCAUCAGAGGGUGCCUGUCGGCCGAGGACCUGCUGCAGCCGGACGGGUUCCGGGGCCUCCAGGGGCCGGCCCACGGGGGGGGGAAGGUGAGCCAGGGGACCCAGUCGCCCGGCUCCCCGGGGGAGAACGGGAGCUUCUCCCUGCUGGGGGACAUGGAUGACGUGACGCAGGUGUACCAGCAGGCGCUGGACAUCAGCUGUGCCAUGAGGGAGACCUAGACCCCCGGGGCUGUGUGUGUGGGUGUGGACUGGACUGCCGUGCACACAGACACACACUAACACACACACACACACAAACACAAAGAGACGCAUAAAGAGCUAUCUCUUGUAGGGAGGCUGUCACUGAAACAAGCACAACCCUUCACCAGUCGCCGUUGAAACCCCAUUUUACUGGUUUUGGCCUGUUUCUUUUCUGGUGUCAGAGUGAACUGCUAAAAGUGUUACGAUAUACACACACAUGAUUUCAACCAAGCGAUCUACGUCUUCACACUGGUAGAGAAUCCUCACCCUGUUUUUGGACAACUCCAGGCUGACCUCUGAACUCUGCACCCCACUCUCCCCAUUAAGGACAGAUGUCGUCUGAAAGCACUGAAGUCAAAGUUACUGUCCCACCCGUCAAGUCUCCACAAACCAGUUCGCACAUCCCGGAGCAUACCUGUAGAAUUACUGCUAAGGCUUUACACGUGUACACUAUUUAUUGAUCUGUUUGGUUAGGAACCCGUUUCUCCGAACCUAUUUCCACAUGGGAUACUUAUUGUUUGGGAAGGCGAGGAGUAGAGGAAAUGUAUUUGUUGAGUGAACUGCCAAACAGAUCUAGAAUGUGUCUCUAUGCUCGACGUUACAGCAUUUAAUUUAUAGCGAUAAGAGAAUAGUAGUUGCUAUGGAGUCUCUUUUGAUUUUUUUUGUAUUUGUGCAGUUGGUUUGUCAAGAAAAAAACCAACAGUAUAAGGUUGGUUUUCUUUCUAGGUCUGCUCACUUGAAGAAACUCAAUGUCGGGAGAGUUAUCGGUGUACUUUUGAUAGACUUGCAUAAGCAGGAAAGUUCUGCGGUUCCAUAAAUGUUUUGUUUUGACUAUAGGAGGGCGUGUGGAGAGAGCUGCUGUUGACUCAGGGUCAAGGUUAAUCGCUUUUCGCGAUCCACGUUGAUUAAAAGGAAGUGCCCGUCCAGGGAACGCCGUCCAGCCCAUUCCGUUCCAGACGGACUCUAACGCACGACCACUGUUGGCUUAGUGUAGAGGUGGAGCUCCCAGGUUAAGAAAGUAAAAGUCCCCCACUAACCCCGAAUCCAUCAGUUGUGUAAGUAAUGGACUUUGGCCCAGAUGGAAGAUUCACAAAGAAUGAGUGAAGUCUGCUGGGGUUCAGUGCGAAUGUGCAGCAAAAAAACCAUCAGAAAUUCCCGAAGUUCUAGAACCGGUUAAUUUUAUGCUUCUGGCGUUGACACAAAAGGAAAGAAAAAAACGAAUUUGUCAGUCAACCAAUCCCAACCUGGUAGUACAGUAUAUGUGUUGUGGCUGUGUGAACCACUGGCUCUGGGCUAGCUGCUUCCUUCUCACACAGCCCUACCGCCGGCUACCCCUUCAUUAACACAGUCUCCGGUGUUGACUCGCUCUCCCAAGUGGCCUGCAUAGUUCUAGGAGCAGUAAUGUGCCAGUGGACCCCUUAGGUAUGUGUGCCUGGCAGUGGAACUCCACAGGAACACGGCCCUUUAACCUAGAAAGGACGGAAGACCCAGUCUCCCCAGUCCACCACCCUUGCACGGGCCUCAUCAGAACAGAAAAGCCCCCUCUUUGAAUCCACUUUGAAUGACUCAAGUAGAAAAAUGUCCUAGUGUACUAAGUGGGUUUUCACAUCAGGCGUGGCUAGGUUUGCUGUAUCAUGAAUCGAGAAACGAUGGACAAUGAGAUAUUUUGGUAUUCUUUUCGUAUUUUGGAUUUUUUUUAGAACAAACAUCUAAAGGCCUUGAAAAGGAAUGGGAGACGAUUCAAUGUUCUUUUUUACUAAAUGUCAGUUUGUUUAAACAUCAACUUAAAUUAUUGGAUGGUUUACCAGUCAGCCUAACUACCUACCUGCGCGCAUUCUGCCCUAUACGAACUGAGUCUUCCUCAAGGCUAGUUCGACCUAUUGCUAAAGCUAGCUAUCGCUAAGCUAGUCAUGUGUUU